GAGGGGGCUUCCUGCCCUGGCCCCCUGCUGCCUCAGCUCAGGGGUCCCAUGGGCCCUGGGCAUCAGACAUACUGUGGGGCACAAGGAUUCUCUCACCCUGCAGGAUGAGGCAUUCCGGCAUGACAGCUGUGCUCAAACAUCUGUUAGGGACCAACAAGUGUCAUCUCUCACACGCACCGGGCUCCUUGGUCCCCAGGACCCAGGCUAAGACCGCGGGCCUAGGAGAAGAUUCCUGCUUUCUAACCACAAGCGUCUGGCAUCCGCCGCAACCACAACAUACAAGCUGCUCACUGUGCUCAAAGCCCAGCAGUUCCCUGAAAAUAGGCAACUUCUCAUUUUACUGAUGCGUCCUCUCGGGGACCUGGGGCGGCUGGCAGGAGAGGGAUUAAGGAUGCCUGGGGGAGCAUGCCAGGUGGACACGCUUGCUCUCCACGACUUUGCUAGCACGCUGCGAACUCUGGGUUCUGCGCCGAGGAAAAGGCUCAAGGUUGACUCUUACGAGGUGAUUGUGGAUGAAGAACUGGGCGACAUCCACCUGAUCAAGAUCGAGAAGCGCAAGUACUGGCUCCAUGACGACUGGUACCUGAAGUACAUCACGCUGAAGACACCCUACGGGGACUACAUGGAGUUCCCCUGCUACCGCUGGAUCUCCGGGGAGGGCGAGCUUGUCCUCCGAGACGGGCGAGCAAGGCUGUCCCGCGAUGACCAGAUUUGCGUUCUCAAGCAGCACAGACGCAAAGAACUGGAAACACGGCAGAAACAGUACAGGUGGACGGAAUGGAACCCUGGAUUCCCCUUGAGUAUCGACGCCAAAUGCCACAAAGACUUACCUCGGGACAUCCAGUUCGAUAGUGAGAAAGGAGUGGACUUCGUUCUGAACUACUCUAAAGCGAUAGAGAACCUGUUCAUCAACCGCUUCAUGCACAUGUUCCAGUCUUCCUGGAGCGACUUCGCUGACUUCGAAAAAAUCUUUGUCAAGAUCAGCAACACUAUUUCUGAGCAGGUCAUGAAUCACUGGCAGGAAGACCGAAUAUUCGGGUACCAGUUCCUGAAUGGCUGCAACCCCGUGUUGAUCCAGCGCUGCACCAAGUUGCCCGAGAAGCUCCCAGUGACCACGGAGAUGGUGGAGUGCAGCCUGGAGCGGCAGCUCACCUUGGAGCAGGAGGUUGAGCAAGGGAACAUCUUCAUCGUGGACUUCGAGCUGCUGGACGGCAUCGAUGCCAACAAAACGGACCCCUGCACUCUGCAGUUCCUGGCCGCACCCAUCUGCUUGCUGUACAAGAACCUGGCCAACAAGAUAGUCCCCAUUGCCAUCCAGCUCAACCAAGUCCCGGGAGAAGAAAACCCCAUUUUCCUUCCUUCGGAUGCAAAAUAUGACUGGCUUCUGGCCAAAAUCUGGGUGCGCUCCAGCGAUUUCCACGUCCACCAGACUAUCACCCACCUCUUGCGCACACACCUGGUGUCAGAGGUUUUUGGCAUCGCCAUGUACCGCCAGCUGCCCGCCGUGCACCCCGUUUUUAAGCUCCUGGUGGCGCACGUGCGGUUCACCAUCGCCAUCAACACCAAGGCCCGGGAGCAGCUCAUCUGCGAGUGCGGCCUCUUCGACAAGGCCAAUGCCACCGGGGGCGGUGGGCACGUGCAGAUGGUGCAGAAGGCCAUGCAGGACUUGACCUACACCUCCCUGUGCUUUCCUGAGGCCAUCAAGGCCCGGGGCAUGGACAGCACAGAGGACAUUCCCUACUACUUCUACCGGGACGACGGGCUCCUGGUGUGGGAGGCCAUCAAGACGUUUACGGCCGACGUGGUGGGCAUCUACUACGAGAGUGACCAGGUGGUGGUGGAGGACCAGGAGCUGCAGGACUUCGUGAGAGAUGUCUACGUGUACGGCAUGCGGGGCAAGAAGGCCUCAGGUUUCCCGAAGUCCGUCAAGACGAGGGAGAAGCUGUCCGAGUACCUGACUGUGGUGAUCUUCACAGCCUCCGCUCAGCAUGCCGCCGUGAACUUCGGCCAGUAUGACUGGUGCUCCUGGAUCCCCAACGCCCCGCCAACCAUGCGGGCCCCACCGCCCACCGCCAAGGGGGUGGUCACCAUUGAGCAGAUCGUCGAGACGCUGCCCGACCGAGGCCGCUCCUGCUGGCAUCUGGGCGCAGUGUGGGCACUGAGCCAGUUCCAGGAAAACGAGUUGUUCCUGGGCAUGUACCCGGAGGAGCACUUCAUCGAGAGGCCCGUGAAGGAGGCCAUGGCCCGCUUCCGCAAGGACCUGGCCGCCAUCGUCAGUGUGAUCGCCGAGCGCAACAAGAACAAGAAGCUGCCCUAUUACUACCUGUCUCCAGACCGGAUUCCCAACAGCGUUGCCAUAUGACGGCUGCCGAGCCGCCUCG